GCAAACCAAAACUAGGACGUGAAUUGGGCCGAGGGCAAUAUGGAGUGGUGUACCUAUGUAAUGCCUGGGGGGGACACUUCCCAUGUGCGCUCAAAUCUGUCGUUCCACCAGAUGAAAAGCAUUGGAAUGAUCUUGCACUAGAAUUUCACUAUAUGAGGUCACUGCCAAAGCAUGAGCGGUUGGUAGACCUUCAUGGAUCCGUGAUAGAUUACAGUUAUGGAGGAGGUUCCAGCAUUGCUGUUCUACUGAUAAUGGAACAGUUACACAGAGACCUCUAUACUGGAUUAAAGGCUGGUUUGACACUGGAGACAAGAUUACAGAUUGCACUGGAUGUAGUUGAAGGGAUCCGUUUUCUUCAUAGCCAGGGGCUUGUUCAUAGAGACAUCAAACUUAAAAAUGUACUGCUUGAUAAAAACAAUAGAGCUAAAAUCACUGACCUGGGAUUUUGUAAACCUGAAGCAAUGAUGUCUGGAAGUAUUGUUGGGACACCUAUACAUAUGGCUCCUGAACUCUUCACAGGGAAAUAUGAUAACUCUGUGGAUGUGUAUGCAUUCGGCAUCCUAUUCUGGUACAUCUGUUCAGGACAUGUGAAAUUACCAGAGGCUUUCGAGAGAUGUGCAAGCAAGGAUCAUCUUUGGAACAAUGUACGAAGAGGUGUUCGCCCUGAACGUCUUCCCAUUUUUGAUGAGGAAUGUUGGCAGUUGAUGGAAGCCUGUUGGGAUGGAGACUCUUCUCAGCGCCCUCUCUUGGGCAUUGUCCAACCUAUGUUGCAGGGAAUAAUGGAUAGACUUUGCAAAUUGUACUCUGAGCAGUUAAACAAAGGACUCGAUGAUUCCACUUGAAGAUAUUGUGAAUUUGUUCAGUUAUGUAAGAACCUGGGUCACCACUUUGCCACUGACAACUCAGUGGCUGUCUGGAACAAACCAGCCAAAAAUUGAGGGUUCAGGUGAGAUUAUUGAAAUCCCACCUUUAUAUAGUAGCCAGAGACUUCUGUUUUCAAUACACACUACUAAUGUAGCUUGACAGUGCUUCCUUCUUUCUUAGAAAUAAAUUAGGAGCCUGGGAACUUAGACCCUAGUCUGUAAGGGGUUUUACUUAUCCAUUCAGAUGAAGGCAGAAAGUACUGUUAAGUUGGGAAGUCUGGCAGUCAAUGCAACUGCAUCUUAAGCUACAGCUCCUGCUAACUAGAUGCAUGUACAUCAGCCUUUCUGAAUGUUACACAUAUGAAUGUGGAUGAUUGGAAGAAAUAAGAUGGUGUCCCUUCCAAAGGGAGGGUAGUCUUCUAAUUUUUGCAGUGCAGAGAGCUGUGAACUAAUUUGGACUUUUGAUAAUAUCUGUUAUUGUUUGCACAAUGGGAUCAAAGCUCAUAAUGGGGAAGUCUCACUGCAAGAAUAUCCCAAAGUAUAAGCUCACUGUCAUUUAUGAACCAAAUUACUUUUGGGGAAAUUGACAAAUAGGUGACAAUGGCCUGAUUUUAUUAUUACCAUUACUUUACAAACUUUAAGACAAUACUUCACCCAAAGGUUGUUGAUAUAUUGAAAUAAAAAGACAAGUAACAAUUAUUGUCUGUACCCAAUGGACAACCAAAUGUUUUUAAUUGUGGCAGAUUUUGCUUUUCUUUUUUCCCUUUGAAUCUAAAGAAAGGCAAUGACUGUUUUAAACUCUUAAUGUCAACUGGCUAUUUUAAAAGAUUUUGUUAGCUUUGUAUUUUUAAGUCAUUCCUUUGAAGACUAUUUAAGAGAAACCUGUCACUUUUCUAUGGAUGUGUCUGACCAUCAUUUUCUUCUUUGGGCUUUAUCAUUUAAUAUUUCCCAUGUAAUUUACAUACUCUAACACAAACAUUGCUUUUCAUUUGUUUAUACACAAUUUCGUUUCAUAGCACAAUAAUUUUAAGAACGUGUAGGCUGAAAUACAAUGUGUCUGCCAUGGAUGUAGAAUGGGACCAACUACCAGUGUUCCCUCAGCUGUUUGGAGAAUGAGAAAUACCAUUUUCCUUCCCUGUGCAAACUGCAUCACCUUUUUUUCUAGGAGGCACCUUCUCUUGUACAAAGCAGAAACGGGGCCUCUUAACCCUACUUAUGUAGAUCACUAAAAACAAAAGUAGCCCCACAGUGUUACUCAUUACCAAAAUAAACCUUUGUGUGUGUGCAAUAAAAUAAGAUAUCAUGCUUUUAAAAUGACUGCUUCUUACUUAGUUGCAUUUAUUGUUCUGUUGCAGUCUAAAGUUGUUUUGGCACUUCUGUCCAAAAAUUGUAGUAUUUGGCAAAUUUACCAAAAUAGGCAGCCAUAGCUGUGAACAUUACACAAAAGCACCUUUUCUCGAAUAAGAAGUUCUAAUAUUGCCACAGAUGUAUUUUUGGACGAUCAUUCCAGUCACUUGACAGUAUUAUUUUAUAUCUUUUGUUUGUGCUAUGGUGGCUAGUGACCUUGUUUAGAAUUGGGAGCACCUUGGUCAGUAUAUUUUUGGAAGUAUAAAAAUAGUUUACGUAAUAUAAAAUGAAGCUGUUUUUGAACACAUUGUGUAUAGCUUUUACCAAUCAGCUACUUUUUCACUGGUUAUCUUGUGCCUUUAAAAAAGAAUAGUUGUCAAACCAUGCUCUUUUGGAGCUGUCUUCCCCAUUGACAUAAAAUUGGCUGUAUCACUUCUCAGUAUAAAACAUGCUUGCACUUUUCUGCUGGGAAUUUAUUUUUAUUUGUGCUGUUAUCAGCCCGCACAAACAGAUGUCAUAGCGGCAAAAAACAGAUGGAUGUUUUUGUUCCUAAAGAUGCUGCUAGUAAAAUACAUUAGGUUUGAAUUUAAAAGAUACAUUCCAUUUAUUAUAAAGUUGUGAGUUUUCCUAGUGUUAUUAUUACCGACUGUAGCAUGAAAAAUGCAGCAUAAAUUGUAAACACUAAAUAUUUUCAAAGAUGAAGGCAUAGGAGCAAAAUGUGGUAUUAUCCAUAAUAUUGCGAUGGAUACCAGCUGUCAAACCAAGAAUCAAAGAGAUUUGACAAAAGUAUAACAUCAGAUCUCUCUAAAAUCUCCCAGUUAUGAUUGCCUAUAACUCUCUCCCUACUUCCAUUAAAACUUGGUUAAUUUUAUCCCAAUUAUUCCAUGCUCAGAAUGAUACUUUAUUUAUUGAACUGUACUACGCAAGGUUUACAUGUUACUGCCAACUGAAUAGUUAAAGCAGGUGCUCCAGAAGAAUAGCUUGCUAUGUAUGCAGAUCAAAGGAAAUCCAGCUAGUUUACAAAACAGAUGUAACUGCAGAAAUUACACCUGGCAGGAUUAAAUUAUUGACAUUGGUGCUAGUAAUUGAUGUUUCAUAGGUGAAUAUUGAAGAUUUUUCAUUGCUUAGAUUGUCCGUUUUGAUUUGGGAACUGGCCUUACAAGUUCUGGACAAACACUACAUAGGAGUUACACGAGCUACAUUUUAGGUUACAAAGCAAGCCUUAAAUUCAGAUUAAGACUGCAUUGUUGUAGUGCUGAAGUCGCAGCCUUAGCUUGCUGGUGCAUUGCUCCUACCAGUCACAUUGCUAUUUACAUGGAUUGUGGCAACUGACUUUUUUUUUGUAUCACCUCAAACUUCUAUUGCUUAUGGCUUGAUUGUGCAAUGCACACUGUUCUAGCUUUUCUAAUUAAAAAACAAGCUCUACCAUUUAACAGUUUUUAUAAGCACUUCCUUUUUGUUAGUUCUUUUUUCUGUUCCUUCCUCUCCUGUUACAAGGAUUUGGAAAGUCAGGAGAGAUACUUGAAUCAUCAUUUUCUUAUUAUUUCCAGAGUGAUAGACUUAAUGAGAGGAACAUCAGCACUGCUUCUUUAUUUAAUGUGUUUUUGUGCUGAGCCCUUUUAGAGAUGUAUAUAAUGCUUUGUCUAUAUCCACUAUCUCUUAAGUCAGAUGUUAUCCUUUUAAAAAUAUUAUUAUUGGUUUAUUUUACUCCAGGGAGAGAAGAGCAUAUUUGCAUAUAAAACUCUCUUAGGGGCCUAAACAGCACUGCAUUUCUUUACCAUUUUCAUUUAGGCCUGUUAAAUUGAUGGUCAACUAUUACACUUGAUCAGGAGCAGAUGAAACAUGAGAGAAUUGUAUAGUUCCACUGUAAUGCCUGUAGAUUUUGUACUACUUUUUAUUUUAUUUUUUUAAAAAACUGAUGUAUUAUAGUGUUAAAGCAAAGAUAACAAAUUUACCAAUUAUAUAGGAAAAGUGCAAUAACAUGGAAAUUCAAGAUUUAAGGACAAGUAUUUUCCUUGUAUUGUGUAAUACUAAUUACUUUUCCACUGCUGCCCCCCUCCAUAACAUGUAUUUUUAAACAGUGUGAGAAUUGGUUAAAACUUCAUUUAAUGCCAUAAUGAAGCUGUGUUUUAA